UUAUUUCUGAUUUACCUCCCAACGUUUAAACGGUCGUGUAAGGUCGUCUUUAGGUUUUGGGCCACUCUGCGAACUUGCUUAGCCUUUCCUCUCUUGGAAUGGCGUCUCCGAUUGAAUUCGCGGACUACGAAGAAAACCUGAUCGCGGCUCCGCAACUUAUUGGAAACCCCGCAGACUAUGGAAUCACUGACGAUGAAGAAACCGAAGGUGAAGACGAAGACGAAGAUGACGAAGAGUACGUUCCCGGUGUGGCCACCCCUAGGGUUUCGCAUGACACUCCUCCAAGCGUUUCAUCCGAUAACGUAAUUGUUAUCCCCGACGAAACACAGGAUUGCGUGGGAGAGGAGAGGAAUAAACGCCGUAGGUUCGAAAGAAGCGGGGCUUCUUGUUCCUUCGCGACUGGGAGCAGCAACGGUAGCCAAGAAAGCGACCAUACCAACAUUGAUGGUCUUUUUUGCCCUAUUUGCAUGGAUGUUUGGACCGAUAACGGCGAACAUCAUAUCUGUUGUCUUCCUUGUGGACACAUAUAUGGCAUGUCUUGCAUCAAAAGAUGGCUUCAACAACGCAAAAGUUCCAGCAAGUGUCCCCAAUGUAAUAGGAAAUGUACGUUGAAGGAUGUGAGGAAACUGUUUGCUUCCCGAGUAGUUGCGGUCGAGGAAGAAUCUCAGAAGAGAAUUCAGUCACUUGAGGCCAAAUGUGCUGCCCUUGACAGUAAGGUCAGUGAUUGGUGCAAGAAAGAAGAGGGAUGGAAACUUCGAGAAGUCACCUUGCAUUCUCAGGUUCAGACUCUUACACAGAGAAACACUUAUUUGGAGCAGCUGCUACUAGAUAUGCGGAGCAGGGAAUCUGCAUCGAUAAGUCACAAUGGAAGCUCUCAGGGGAGAUGCGAAUCUGAGCACAACAUUGGCCCAAAGUACUGUGGAAAGGGAUCCAUUUGUAAUUUUGAAUUGCAGGUAUGCCAUUAUAUCAUUUCGCCCUCUCCUCUCCUACCUAACAUCACCACUUUGGAAAAGUUUCACCUUGUUAUCUUUUAGUCUAUCCCUAUUUAUCUCUUAAACUUUUUUCCCCUUAGCCCCCCAAAGUUUG